AUGAUAAACAUUAAAGAGACAGCUUUAGGAGUAGUUAAAGAACUAUCAUCAAACUUUAACUUUAACUUUAAAUUAACCAAUACUGACAAGAUUGUUGUUGGUUCAUUAUCAGCUGUAUGGGGUGUUUUAGCAGCAUAUAAAAUAAAAUGUACAAACAAACCAACACAAGAACUUGCACAAAAGUAUAGUAAUCAAUUACAAGAGAUGAUGGAAAUUAUGACUAAAAGCAAUGGUGGAUUUGCAGCAUUCUUGGAUGAUCCACAGGGUAGAUUAUCUCGUAUGCUUUUCCAGAUUUCCACUGACAUGAAAGCAAGCAGGACACUCACUAGAAUGAUGUCUUCACAAAUUGAAACAGUCGUCAUGAUUUACCAAGUAUUCCUACUCCAAUGCUUUCAAUCAUACGAACAUUUAAUUAAAACUCAUCCAAAAGAUGCAGUCUUACUACGAGAUGAAUAUAUCUCUAUUCUAGUUGGUCUUAUCCCUGCCAAUCUACUUUCCAUGUUACAUUCUUUUCUUAUAUAUUGGGAUGAUAAUCAUGUACUUUUAACAAGAACUGCAUUAUACGUUAGAUCAUUGCAACUCAGACAUAGUAAGAUGCAAUUGAUACAUUUCCUAGCCAGUUAUAUUGUAGAGUUACCAAGAUCAAAGCAACCAAUGUCUCAAGAACUCAUGCUUGCAUUGUUUGAUAUUUUAUUGGCUGUUCAAAAAGAGCAAGGUGAAUUGAGUAUCUUUGACACGGUCAACCAAAUCGACGAAGCUCUCAGUGUCUUGGCCAACAAGUUGUUGGCGAGUUUGACACCGACCGACGAAUUGAGAGACCAGAUUAUCAACCUUGUCACUCCACAUCGUGGCCUUUUCCAAACGUAUCUCCCUCGAGCCAUCUAUCAAAACAAGGAGAGUAGUGUAUUCUCACUGAUUGGUUCAGGUCUUGCAGUUUACAAUUUCGGGUGGUUUGCAGCUCCAUUGUACACCCAAUUGACUGAAAUCCUAUUAUACAACGGGUUGGUCAACACUGAUGAAUAUAUAUCGUCUAUUGACAACAAGGCCGCUUUGUUCUUGGCUAAUCUCAAUCCAGCCAUAUUAAUGUCUGCCACCUAUCUAUUGGCCCGAAAUAACUGGAAACAUUUCCUAGUCUGGAAUGGAUUAGUGGCUGCCGGAUUAACCAUUCAAUACAAACUAUUAGUAUCCAACUUUACAACGUUGGUCACUAUCUAUCGAGGUUGUGUUGAAGAUGAUUCACAACAUCAAAAUGCAAUGAUUAAACAAUAUCUCGAAGAACAUGGUGAAGAUCAACAACCAACAACAACAAACCCCAUUUCACCUGAAUUAUCACAAUAA